UCAGUCAGCACGUUUCCUCGUCCUCGAGGGGGUUGCGCGAAAAUCUGGCCAAAUUUUUGGGGUUGCGAGAUAAGUGAGAGAUGUGCAGUGUUGUUAUUCUUCCAAUUUUCAUUUCGAAAGCCGUCGAAUAGGUCCUUGUUCGGCGGGACUGGUAGUCGUUUUGGGUGCAAUUUAUGGUUGCGUCCGCUGAAGGGAUUGAGUUAUCCAAUAAAUCAUGAGGGUAUGAUGGUGUACCGAAACCAAGAUGAGGAGCUUGUUUGGGAUCUUAUGGAUAGUCUUGGUACUUGUCUCAGGCUGUUCCGGUAAUCCCGAUGCUAAACGACUUUAUGACGAUCUUCUAUCAAAUUACAAUAAAUUGGUACGACCUGUUGUCAACGUCAGUGAUGCACUCCAAGUCAAGAUCAAGCUCAAGUUAUCUCAACUCAUUGAUGUUAAUCUCAAGAAUCAAAUUAUGACAACAAAUCUCUGGGUUGAGCAGAUAUGGUAUGACUAUAAACUUCAAUGGGACCCAAAAGAAUACGGUGGCGUUGAAAUGCUACACGUUCCUUCCGACCAUAUUUGGAGGCCUGAUAUUGUUCUCUACAAUAACGCUGAUGGUAAUUUCGAGGUAACAUUGGCAACUAAAGCAACUCUAAAUUAUACAGGUCGUGUGGAGUGGAGACCUCCAGCAAUUUAUAAAUCGUCGUGUGAAAUAGAUGUUGAAUUUUUUCCUUUCGAUGAGCAGACAUGCGUUAUGAAGUUUGGAUCUUGGACGUACGAUGGAUUUCAGGUAGACCUUCGACACAUGGAUGAAAUCAAAGGUUCAAACGUUGUGGAUAUUGGCAUUGAUUUGACCGAAUUUUAUACCUCAGUAGAAUGGGACAUUCUGGAGAUCCCAGCUGUGAGGAACGAGAAAUUUUAUACGUGCUGUGAUGAGCCUUACCUCGAUAUCACUUUUAAUAUAACGAUGCGACGGAAGACCCUUUUUUACACAGUCAACUUGAUCAUUCCGUGUAUGGGAAUAUCCUUUCUCACCGUCCUUGUGUUCUAUCUACCAUCUGACAGCGGAGAAAAAGUCAGUUUGUCUAUAUCCAUUUUAUUGUCCCUGACUGUUUUCUUCUUGCUGUUGGCCGAAAUCAUUCCACCGACUUCACUUGUCGUCCCACUGCUAGGAAAAUUCGUCCUGUUCACGAUGAUCCUAGAUACAUUCAGUAUAUGCGUGACUGUGGUGGUUCUCAAUGUCCAUUUCCGGUCUCCUCAAACUCACAUUAUGGCCCCAUGGGUGAAAAGAGUCUUCAUUCAUAUCCUUCCUAGACUACUCGUGAUGAGGAGGCCACAUUAUCAGUUAGACAGAAGAACGAUGAGUUCCAACCAAAGAAGAGUUAUGAUACGAACAUGUAAUGGCCUAGAACUGAGAGAACCUGGCAUGUAUGGCGACUCAGAAUACAUGGAGGAAAUUGAUAUUUUUCCUGGUACCGGGUCGACUGAUGAGCUGACUCCAAGGGAGCUGGAGGCUAGUAGUUUAACCCAGUGCCGAAUUCAUGGAAUGACACCUCCGCCAAACCUUGCAUUUCACGUGGGACAGCAAGACAACGAACGGGAUAUUUUACUUGGGGGUGGCUGCUUGAAAGAUAAUUCGAGUUGUACUUCAGACAUUUGGCAUCACUGCCCUGAGGUGCACAAAGCAAUAGAUGGUGUGAGGUUUAUCGCUGAUCAUACUAGAAGAGAAGAAGAAUCAACGAAGGUCAAAGAAGACUGGAAAUAUGUAGCGAUGGUCCUAGACCGCCUAUUUUUAUGGAUUUUCACCCUUGCUGUAUUGGUGGGUACUGCAGGGAUCAUUCUUCAAGCCCCCACAUUAUACGAUACUCGUGUCCCUAUCGACUUGAGACUGUCAGAGAUUGCCACGACUACCGGAAAACCUCAUGUUGUUUCAUUGCUCUGAAUGAAAUCUCGCUGAUCGUCAUGAAGAAUUAAUCUAAACUCCCUCAACUACAAGGAUGUGAUAGUUUGGAAUUACGAAAAUAGCCUAUCUUGUGCUGAAUUGAAUUUUAGAAUGCCAAUGCUCAAAUCGAAAGACAAGAUAAAGUCUCUUCUAUAAACAUAUUGAUCAGAUGAACCAUUUUGUACCAAUCAAUCUUUGGAGCGAUGAAUGCCGCUUCGCAGAAUAUAUUCCUUCGAAAUAACUUCCACUAUGAUGCAAGAUUGGAUUUUUAGUCGUUUUGUAUUAUCUACUUCCUAUUAGCAGUGAAAGAUGUUGUUUCAUAUAUUUUAGUCGAUAUACUCGCUAUAGUUAUCUAUUAGAUUUUUUUAACCUCCUCACAACAAAGAGCACAGAUUGAAUUUUAUAUUGAGGUCAUUGUGUGUCUGACCUCCGUCUCAAAUAAUUGUAUUUGAAUUCUUUUUAGUCAAUAAAGAAUAUUAUCAUAUAAA